GCCUGUGUCCUGAACUGUCCCACCCCAUAUGUGGGAGGAGCUUACAAGGGUAAGAGUGAUGCCCCUCUCAGGGGUGCUUGCCUUAGAAUAGCAGCUGCUUGGUGUUCCAAAGUCAGGGCUGUCUUUGCAGAUGGAGGUGAGACCAGUGAUGGGGGAGAGCGCAGACCUAGGGUCAGGUCCUCUUGACAGCUGGUGGUUCAAUGCUGAGCAUUGAAGCCCAUACUGGCUGUACAUCUGAGCCACCUGGAGAACACAUGGAAAGUGGCCAGUGACAGGCCCAUCCCACACCUACAGAAUCACCAUCUCCAUGGGUAGGGCCAGGGAAUCUGUAUUUUAACAAGCUCCUAGAAGGUUCUGAUCAAGUGGUCCUUGGCUGUAUUUGGCGGCUCUUCAUCCUGUCAAACCAUCCAUUGCUCCCCACUGCUUACAGACUAAAGGCCAGACUCCUCAGCCUGGUUUUCUGGGCCCUUCCACGAACCUCAUCUUCUCCUGUUGCACUUCACCACCUGAGUCACCAUGCCCUGAUCUCAUCAAGCUCUGCCAGCCUCAGGGCCAUUGCUUACGAUGAGCCUUACCUCGAAAAGGGCUUCUGCAGGAGAGGCUGGAGUCAGACCCGAGUUCAAAUCUAGACUUUUUCACUUAUUGGCCUGGGACCUCGGGCAAGUCAUUUUACCUCCCUGAGCCUCAAUUUUCCUCAUUUGUAAAAUGGGAAGAAAGACACUUGCUUGGCAGGACAUCGCGCAGGUUCCAUUAGGUAAUUAAUGAAGCACCAGGAACAUGGGAGGCUCCAGUACGUGGCAGCAAUCAAGUCUGUGACUCACCCCAUCCUUGCUUUCCACAUCAUUCCCUCCGGACAAGAGCUGGAAAGGAAGCUACAACGGUUGUCUAUCCAGUGGGGACAAGGGCCGCCGGCGAAGCCGCCUGGCACUGAACCGCAGGCCACAUGCCAACGGAGUGAAGCCAGACGUCAUGCACCAUAUCUCCACGCCGCUCGUCUCCAAGGCACUGAGUAACCGGGGCCAGCACAGCAUCUCGUACACACUGUCCCGGAGCCAUUCGGUCAUAGUCGAAUACACACAUGACAGUGACACAGACAUGUUCCAGAUCGGCCGCUCCACAGAGAACAUGAUCGACUUUGUGGUAACAGACACGUCUCCUGGAGGAGGGGUGACCGAGGGCCCCUCUCCCCAGAGCACCAUCUCCCGCUAUGCCUGCCGCAUCCUGUGUGACCGCCGGCCGCCCUAUACUGCCCGCAUCUAUGCCGCCGGCUUCGAUGCCUCCAGCAACAUCUUCCUUGGAGUGAGUGAGCCCCAGGCAGGGCCCAGCGCUUCAUCUGAGAGACCCAUGGCGGACACCCAGUACAUCCUGCCCAAUGACAUCGGCGUGUCUAGCCUGGACUGCCGCGAGGCCUUCCGCCUGCUGUCGCCCACAGAGCGCCUCUAUGCCCACCACCUGUCACGCGCCGCCUGGUAUGGAGGCCUGGCUGUGCUGCUGCAGACCUCCCCGGAGGCCCCCUACAUCUAUGCCCUGCUCAGCCGCCUCUUCCGUGCCCAGGAUCCGGAUGAGCUCCGCCAGCACGCCCUGGCUGAGGGCCUUACCGAGGAGGAGUACCAGGCGUUCCUGGUCUAUGCCGCGGGGGUCUACUCCAACAUGGGCAACUACAAGUCCUUUGGCGACACCAAGUUUGUGCCCAACCUGCCCAAGGAGAAGCUGGAACGCGUGAUCCUGGGGAGUAAGGCCGCUCAGCAGCACCCAGGAGAAGUCAGGGGCCUCUGGCAGACCUGCGGGGAGCUCAUGUUCUCUCUGGAGCCGAGGCUUCGACACCUGGGGCUGGGGAAGGAGGGCAUCACCACCUAUUUCUCUGGGGAUUGUACCAUGGAAGAUGCCAAACUGGCCCAAGACUUUCUGGACUCACAGAACCUCAGUGCCUACAACACACGGCUCUUCAAGGCGGUUGACCAGGACGGGAAGCCCUGCUACGAGGUGCGCCUGGCUUCGGUGCUUGGCACAGAGCCUGCUCUAGACUCCGAAAUGACUUCCAAGUUGAAGAGCCACGAAUUCCGGGGGAGCCGUUUCCAGGUGACCCGGGGGGACUACGCGCCCAUCCUGCACAAGGUGGUGGAGCACCUGGAGAAAGCCAAGACGUAUGCGGCCAACAGCCACCAGGAGCAGAUGCUGGCUCAGUACAUAGAGAGCUUCACCCAGGGCUCCAUCGAAGCCCACAAGAGGGGCUCCCGCUUCUGGAUCCAGGACAAAGGCCCCAUCGUGGAGAGUUACAUCGGGUUCAUCGAGAGCUACCGAGACCCCUUUGGUUCCCGUGGAGAGUUCGAAGGCUUCGUGGCCAUGGUGAAUAAGGCCAUGAGUGCCAAGUUUGAGCGGCUGGUGGCGAGUGCGGAGCAGCUGUUGAAGGAGCUGCCCUGGCCCCCAGCCUUCGAGAAGGACAAGUUCCUCACCCCAGACUUCACCUCCCUGGACGUCCUCACCUUCGCUGGCUCCGGCAUUCCUGCCGGCAUCAACAUCCCCAACUAUGACGACCUGCGGCAGACAGAAGGCUUUAAGAACGUGUCACUGGGGAAUGUGCUGGCCGUGGCCUACGCCACGCAGCGGGAGAAGCUCACCUUCUUGGAGGAGGAAGACAAGGACCUGUACAUCCGCUGGAAGGGGCCCUCCUUUGAUGUGCAGGUGGGUCUGCACGAGCUGUUGGGCCACGGCAGCGGCAAGCUCUUCGUGCAGGAUGAGAAAGGAGCAUUCAACUUCGACCAGAAGACAGUGAUCAACCCAGAGACAGGGGAACAGAUUCAGAGCUGGUACCGGAGCGGGGAGACCUGGGACAGCAAGUUCAGCACCAUCGCCUCCAGCUACGAAGAGUGCCGGGCAGAGAGCGUGGGCCUCUACCUCUGCCUCCACCCCCAAGUGCUGGAGAUCUUUGGCUUCGAGGGGGCCGAUGCGGAAGAUGUGAUCUACGUGAACUGGCUCAACAUGGUCCGGGCUGGGCUGCUGGCUCUGGAGUUCUACACCCCUGAGGCCUCCAACUGGAGACAGGCCCACAUGCAGGCCCGGUUUGUGAUCCUGAGGGUCCUACUGGAGGCCGGCGAGGGACUCGUUACCAUCACUCCCACCACGGGCUCCGAUGGACGUCCGGAUGCCCGGGUCCGCCUUGACCGCAGCAAGAUCCGGUCAGUGGGCAAGCCCGCCCUGGAGCGGUUCCUACGGAGACUCCAGGUACUGAAGUCCACAGGGGAUGUGUCCGGAGGCCGGGCCCUGUACGAGGGGUAUGCGGCGGUCACGGAUGCUCCCCCCGAGUGCUUCCUCAGCCUCAGGGACACGGUGCUGCUCCGCAAGGAAUCUCGGAAGCUCAUCGUUCAGCCCAACACUCGCCUCGAAGGCUCAGAAGUGCAGCUUCUCGAGUACGAGGCCUCGGCUGCUGGUCUCAUCCGAUCCUUCUCCGAGCGCUUCCCAGAGGAUGGGCCCGAGUUGGAGGAGGUUCUCACCCAGCUGGCCACAGCCGAUGCCCAGUUCUGGAAGGGCCCCUGUGAGGCCCCAUCUGGCCAGGCGUAAAGCAGAUUUGUACAGCCCCCCCCCACUCCAUCAAACCAAGGCUGCAAGUGGCCCCCUUUUUAUGUGCGCAUCAGGGGCUAAGGGAGGGGCAGGAGCUCAGGCCUUGGUGCUACCUCAGCCGAGGGUGGUGACACUAACCCCUUCCAUCUGGCAGCACUUUCCACUUUACCAGCUACUUCCCUGUGUUAUCUCAUUUGAUCUGUGCUGCCCUCUGAGGAAGGGGCAAGGCAGGGCGCCUUAUCCUGUUUCCCAGAUGAGGAAAUGGAAGUUCUGAGAAGUGACCUGUCUAGAGCCUGCAGGACUCAAAACCUCUCCCUGUCUAGGGCUCUUCAUGGAUUACUUUUAUAACCAGAAAAAUAAAUAUUAGAAAUAAAUAAA